AUGUCUCCCCCGUCCAAGCGUCCUACGGGAAUGCUCCGCCGCCUUUCCGCUGUGAGCUGUGUGACGUCUGCACGAUCAGCCGCAGCGGCAGCGGCAGCGGCACCUGGACAAUCCGGUACGGGAACGCACACCCUCCUCCGUUGCCUCCAUUUUGCAUCCUCCCCCUUUAGGCCACCUCAACCACCACCACACCUGCGCCGCGUCUCCCUCCGUGUCCAUCAGACAUCCAGCCCGGCCGCGUCUCCCUGUGGCCCCUACUUAACCCCCCGUGCCGCCCGCCACUCUCUCCGCCUGCGCUCUACCACUUCUUCCUCACUCCCCCAUCUCACACACACCUUGACGGCCGCGAAGAACACGUCCCCCUCAAUACCAGCCGCCGUCAUCAUGUCCUCCACCACCACUGCCACAACGACGGCCAACUCGGUCCAGUCUCGCCGGAGUCAUGGCGGCCACUCGCACCACCACCACCACCACCAUGGCCACGACAACGUCUACCUCACCUCGGCCAACAAGAACGAUGCCGGCGUGCGCAUCACCCGCAUCGGCCUCUACUCCAACCUGGGCAUGGCCUUCGCCAAGGGCGCUGGCGGUUACGCUUUCGGCUCCCAGGCCAUGAUUGCCGAUGCCUGGCACAGUCUGACCGACCUGGCCUCGGACAUCCUGACGCUGGCCACAGUUUCCUGGAGCCUGAAGCCCCCGACCGAAGCCUUUCCCACUGGCUUCGGCAAGAUCGAGAGUCUGGGUUCGCUGGGCGUCUCCAGCAUGCUCCUCGGCGGCGGCCUGUUCAUGUGCUGGAGCAGCUUGAUCACCCUUCACGCCCACCUCUUCCUUGAUCCCGCUGCGGCUGCAGAGGCCAUUGCACACGCCCACCACGGUCACAGCCAUGGCCACGGCCAUGUUGGUCCCAGUUUGCAUGCUGCCUGGUUGGCACUGGGUACCGUCGCAGUCAAAGAAUGGCUGUACCAAGCUAGCCCGAGUAGACAGACGCAAAGGGUCAAGGCAAAGCUGACAAAGGAAACAACAGCCAUGAAAGUCGCCCGCGAACGAAAAUCCUCCGUCCUUGCCUCCAACGCCGUCCACCACCGUGUCGACAGCUGGACCGGUAUCGUCACAUUGCUCGCCAUCCUGGGCGCAAACUUUUUCAAGGAUGCAACUUGGUUGGACCCUGUCGGCGGCCUCUUGAUUUCCCUUCUCGUCAUCAAGGCCGGGGCUGAAAACACCCUCUCGGCCGUUUAUGAACUGGCCGACCGUGCUAUUGACGACGAGGUCAAGGAUGAUGUCCGCAAGUACGCCCUGAGAAGCCUCUCGGAUGUCACCGAGGGUCAUGAAGUCGAUGUACGCAAUAUUUCGGGCGUCAAGUCGGGCCAGAACUACCUGGUUGAUAUUGAUCUGGCCGUGCCCGGAGUUUGGUCGGUUGAGGCCGUCCGCGACGUGGAAGACCAGGUCCGCACUCUGGUGGGCGCCAAGGUCCGGGGUGUUCGGAGGAUCAAGGUGCGCUUCGUUCCGAAGGAAGCCGAGAUGGCGCCUGCGUUUGACGAGUUCAUUCCGGGAGAAGCCAACCGGGAGGCCAGCGAGGAGGCCGAAGACCACAGCCACACCAAUGGCAACGGCAACGGCCACAAGCACAAAUAA